GUUCAUUCUUCUUCUCGCAGCGCGCAGAGGAGGAGAGGAGGCUGUUGGUUUCCUGCCGGCAUGGAGGCGCUAAAGGAGCCGCCGCACGCGCGUCGCUCCUCCUCGUUCAGCAUUCACAGCCUCCUGCGUGCAGACCGCGCGGACCGCGGGGAGCACGCGGCCCGCGGCCCCGACACGCCGUCACCGCGCGCCGCCUCGCCCGGGACGGUGGACGGCUCGUGCGCACGGACCCCGGACAAAGCAGACCGCGAGGAAGAGGAACAGGGCGAUGAGGAGGAGGAGCGCACGGAGGGGGAGGACGGCUGCGCGCGAUGCACCGAGGAUGACGACGACGACCUGCCGCCGUCGGAGAAGCGGGGCCCCGGUACCGUGACCGGGACCGGGAAAACCGACAAACCGCCGUUCAGCUACAACGCGCUGAUCAUGAUGGCGAUCCGCGGGAGCCCCGGGAAGCGGCUCACGCUCAACGGCAUCUACGAGUUCAUCAUGAAGAACUUCCCGUACUACCGGGAGCACCGGCAGGGCUGGCAGAACUCCAUCCGCCACAACCUCAGCCUCAACAAGUGCUUCGUGAAGGUCCCGCGCCACUACGACGACCCGGGGAAGGGCAACUACUGGAUGCUGGACCCCAGCAGUGACGACGUGUUCAUCGGCGGGACCACCGGCAAGCUGCGUCGGCGCUCCGCCACCUCGCGCGGCAAGCUGGCCAUGAAGCGCGGGCUCCGAUUCGCGCCGCUGAGCCUGGGGAUGAGCGAGCGCGCAAGCAGCCCGCUGUACUGGCAGCUGUCCCCGUUCCUGUCGCUGCACCCGCACCACGCGCACUUCACCGGCGCCCCCGCGCCCCCCCACGGCUUUCUGGGCCAGGCGCACGCUGGCUACGGGUCGCUGCUGCCGCCGGUGGAGCAGCUCGGGAACGGAGACCUCUCGCGCCCCGGUCCGCUGGGCAUGACGAACGGUUACGGGAUGGGCUCGUGCUCGCCCCCCGUCGGGCUGCUAUCCGGACAGACCACCGGAUAUUACGUCUCCGGGAACCAGCACGCGCCGCCACCGUCUCACCUGCCGCAGGGCGGCCACGCGCCGUUCGGCGGCCUCACGAGCGGCUCGCAGCUCACGGACCCGCUCAGAUCCACAACUCUCCCGUCCUUUUCCCCGGGAGGCUCGAGCGGGUUCCCCGGUGUGCUCUCCCACCAGAAGCGCGUGACGCCGAACGCGUUCUUAAACUGAACCUCCGCACGACCCGCCGAGGACGCACGCAGCGCGCGGAAACUAGAGGGCCGAUAGGAGGGGUAACACUGAGUAACCCCACCCCCCCCCCCCCCACCAGAGGGGUCUGUGGGACAGAGGGGUUGAGGU